AUGUUUCCGUGCUUGAGCGCGCCCGCCUCCUCCACUCUGUCUGUCCUACCUCUCGGACUCCACACCCUGUUGACGAAGGUUACAGCGACCUGCUAUUUUACCAUUUCAGGCCAUUUCAGAGCCUCUUUUGCUAUAGGGGGGGAGGAGUGGGCUGCAGCAGGUGGUGGCGAGGAGGGAAACGAGGGAGAGGAGGGAGGGCAGGCACAAGGGUCCCACCUGUUUGAUGUGGAGCGGUGUUGGGGUGAGUAUUGGGACGAAGGGUGCCAUGUAAGCCGCACAGUCUUCCCAGUGCGCCGCCUGCUGCCCCUCCGCUCUGCUCCGGGCGACAACCCAGGCUUCACAGCAAGGGAUGCUGCUCCUCUAAUCUUCAACGAGGUGGAAUACUCCCCGGACGGACUCGCUGUGGUCAAGGCCGACCCCCUGCUGGCGUCCCACGAGCCCCACCUGCGCUACCGCUAUGCACAGUUCCUCAAGCUCAAGAGGGCGCUGGAGCAGCAUGAAGGGGGGUUGGAGCAGUUCUCCCGAGGGUAUGAGACGAUGGGCUUCACGCGGGAGAAGGACGCCAUAGUCUACCGCGAGUGGGCCCCUGCUGCCACAGCCGCCCAGCUAGUGGGAGACUUCAACGGGUGGAACGGCGAGUCGUGCUGGAUGGAGCGCAACCAUUUUGGCGUGUGGUCUGUGCGGCUACCAGACAGAGUCGGCCGCCCGGCGAUCGCGCACGGAUCGCGGGUGAAGAUUCGGCUGCAGAAGGGGGAUGGUGGAUGGGUGGAGCGAAUCCCGGCUUGGAUCAAAUGGGCCACAGCUGAGCCGGGGAAGAUGGGCGCGUGCUACGAUGGCAUCUACUGGGACCCUCCGGCCAAUGAGAAGUACCAAUUCAAGUGCACGCGCCCCCCCAAGCCCGAAGCCCCGCGCAUCUACGAGGCCCACGUGGGGAUGAGCUCGGAGGAGCCCCGAGUGGCGUCCUAUGUGGAAUUCGCCAACUCGGUGCUGCCUCGCAUCAAGGCCGCUGGCUACAACACCAUCCAGCUCAUGGCCGUCGCCGAGCACUCCUACUACGCCUCAUUUGGUUACCACGUUACCAACUUCUUCGCCGUCAGCUCCCGAUCCGGCACCCCGGAGGAUCUCAAAUACCUGGUCGAUACGGCGCAUUCCCUCGGGAUUCGCGUGUUCAUGGAUUUGAUUCACUCGCAUGCGAGUAAUAAUGCGUCUGACGGGCUCAACGGGUUUGAUUUCGGGCAAUCGGCUGCCGAUUCGUAUUUCCACACGGGGGAGCGGGGGUACCACAAGCUGUGGGACAGCCGGUGCUUUAACUACUCUAAUUGGGAGGUGCUGCGAUUCCUGCUCUCCAACCUCCGGUACUGGCUCGAAGAGUUUCAGUUCGACGGGUUUAGGUUUGAUGGAGUGACUUCCAUGCUGUAUCACCACCGCGGGAUCGGAAUGUCGUUUUCCGGUGAUUACCACGAGUAUUUCUCCACUUCAACAGAUGUGGAUGCUGUUGUUUAUCUCAUGCUUGCGAAUGAUUUGAUCCACGGGGUGCGGCCGGAUGCGACGACGAUCGCGGAGGAUGUUUCGGGGAUGCCGACGCUGGGUCUGCCGGUGCCGAUCGGAGGGGUGGGGUUCGAUUACCGGCUUGCCAUGGCGAUUCCUGACCGUUGGAUCGAGUAUUUGAAGGAUCGGAGGGACGAGGAGUGGAGCAUGCGGGAGAUUGUUCACACGCUGACGAAUCGGAGAUACACGGAGAAGUGUGUUGCAUAUGCGGAGAGCCAUGACCAGUCCAUGGUGGGAGACAAGUCAUUCGCCUUUCUGCUCAUGGACUCAGACAUGUAUUUCCACAUGUCCGUGCUUGAGAAACCCACCCCUGCUGUCGAGAGAGGCGUUGCCUUGCACAAGAUGAUUCAUUUCAUCACCAUGGCAUUGGGAGGCGACGGCUACCUCAACUUCAUGGGCAAUGAGUUUGGGCAUCCUGAGUGGUUGGAUUUCCCUCGUGAGGGCAACAACUGGAGCUACGACCGCUGCCGGCGGAUGUGGCACCUCAGAGAUGACAAGCUGCUCCGAUACCAGCACAUGAACCGAUUCGACCAGGCAAUGAACGCUUUGGAUGAGAAGUAUCACUUCCUUGCAGCGGACCAUCAGAUUGUGUCCAGUGCAGACGGGAAGGAUAGGGUGAUUGUGUUUGAGCGGGGGGAUCUCCUCUUCGUCUUUAACUUCCAUCCCACUAAGACCUACGAGGGCUACAAGGUGGGAUGCAAGGAGCCUGGCAAGUGGCGAGUGGUGCUGGACAGUGAUGCUAUUGAAUUCGGGGGCCAGGGACGGGUUGGUCACGACGUGGACCACUUCACAUCGCCCGAGGGCAUUCCGGGCCGCCCGGAAACAAACUUCAACAACCGCUGCUGCUCCCUCCUCGUCCUCUCGCCAUCUAGAACGUGUCAGUUGCGCAAGGUCCUCGACACGCGCACGGACUCCCCCGAGCUGCUGGCAGCGCUCGGCGUGCUUUCGGGAUUCUACCGCGAAAACUCGCUGGCCAAUCGGCGCGCUUUGAAGUCCACGAUUGAGCGUAGAGGAUUGGCUAUUAACGAGGAAUUUCUUCACGCGUCGGAAGCUGCUCAGGAGGCGUUAGAUGUGGUAGAGGCAGAGGUUCGGGGCCUUGCAGAGUGCUGCGACAGAAUCGGCGCAGCACUGACCACAUGUGCGUCAACAACGGGAGACAUGGUGCUGGCAACAGAGCGGCUCAAGCUGGAGCUGGUUACCACAGUGCGGCGCCAGCAGCUCGUUGCAGCCUUUCUCAGAAGCUACCAGCUCUCGCCACAGGAGGUGCAAGCACUGCGGGAGGACGAGAUCAGCGAGAAUUUUUUCGAGGCGCUGAACCGAGUGCACGAGAUCCAUGCCAACUGCAAGCUGCUGCUGCGCACCCACCACCAGAGGGCGGGGCUGGAGUUGAUGGAUCUGAUGGCAGUGUACCAGGAGGGGGCGUAUGAGCGACUAUGCAGGUGGGUGCAGGCGGAGUGUCGCAGCCUGGGGGACAGCGAUGGGGACACGCCUGAAGUGGGCCCACUGCUGCGCACUGCAGCACAUUGCCUUAAAGACCGCCCCGUGCUCUUCCGCUACUGCACUGAGGAGGUGGCCAACACACGCCACAAUGCACUCUUCCGCCGAUUUAUCGCUGCUCUCACGCGUGGAGGGCCGGGCGGCAUGCCUCGUCCCAUUGAGGUGCAUGCGCACGACCCUCUGCGAUACGUCGGUGACAUGCUGGCAUGGCUGCACCAGGCACUAGCCUCAGAGAAAGAACUAGCCGCAGCUUUAUUCGCCAACACAGAUAAGCCUUCUUCCACGUCAGCAGAAUCAGCACCAUCAGGCGGAGGCGGAUCAGGAGAAGGAGGAGCAAGGGUAGGAGGAGUAGAUGCUGACGUGGCAGCGGUGCUGGACCGUGUGUUUGAGGGCGUGUGCCGGCCAUUCAAAGUGCGUGUGGAGCAGGUGCUGACAGGGCAGCCGGGGCUCGUGCUGUGCUACAAGCUCUCCAGCCUCCUCUCCUUCUACUGUCACACCGUAGCCGAGCUGCUGGGAGAGCAAGCAGCGCUGUGUGUGGUUCUAAGGGACCUCAGCGAGGCAGCAGGGAGGGCGUUCCUGGACGCAGUCAAGCUCAGGGGCGAUCGAGUGCUGCGCUUCCCCCCGGCAGUGCCCUCCGACCUCUCCCCUCCGCCUCUGGUGGGAGAGGGCGUGGCGGUGGUGUUGGAGCUGCUCCAGGCGCAUGCCAGCAUGAUGGUCCCGGCUGGGGCUGCCAAACCUGACUUCUUACCCGUCGCUGCUGCUCUGCUUGACCCCCUAGUGGAGGUGUGCACGCGGGCAGCACAGGCCCUCACAGCAAAGGCCGUCACUGCUCUCUCCUCGGGCUCCUCCUCUCUCCCUCGCCGCACCUCUGCUUCCGCAUCCAUGUCCGCAGCAGCAGGGGGGGACAGCGGGCCAUUGGGGAGAAGAGGGUCUGUGCCUCUGGGCAGGCGGGCUACUGAUGGGCAGGACGAUGGGACGGACAACACGGCAGUGGCAGUGGCACGCCACAUCUUCCUCGCCAACUGCCUUGCAGCCCUGCACGCGCCCCUGGUACCAUUCCCAGUGCUCACACCCUAUUCCCAGGGGCUGGCAGGGGCGCUCUCAGAGCACGUCACAGCCAUGGUGCAGCUCGAAGUAGCAGCCAUCCUCGACCACUGCAUGCUCUCCCCCAUCCUCCGCCUCAUCGCUCAAAUCAACCAGGCCUCUCAGCAAUUACAACAGCAGCAGGAAGGGGGAGAGGUAUCAGCAGCAGGAGCAGCAAACCCCCCAGCACAGCAGUACCCGCCCCUGGCCCAAUUCCCAGAGGCGUCUCCCUCUGCUGUGGCCGAGUCCCUGCAGCGGCUCUUUGCGCUGCUGGCAGGGGCGGAGGGGCGGCUGCCUGAGUUUGAGGCGCUGGGGGUGGCGAAGCUGAGGGCGCAGGCUGCAGGGCUGGUGGCGGGGGCGCUGGCAGACGCGUAUGCAGCGGUGUAUGACGCGGUGUGUGAUGUGCGGAACCAGUAUCCUGAUGCUGGGGGGCUGUUGAGGCACACACCCGAGCACAUGCGCACGAUUCUGGGCAUUUGA